GGCCUUUGUCUCGCUCCAGCCGGAGCUCAGGGUCCAUCUUCGUUGCUUAGUAUCCUCUGCUCUAGGAGGUUCCGGUGACUCUGUCGCAGCCUCUGUCGCCCUGUGACCUGCAGAUGCUGUGAGAUCCAGAGCUAAGACUCCAGGACAUCCCGGAAACCGAAGAAUGGAACUGUUGACAUUCAGGGAUGUGACCAUAGAAUUCUCUCUGGAGGAGUGGGAGUUUCUGAACCCUGCUCAGCAGAAUUUGUAUAGGAAUGUGAUGCUAGAGAACUACAGAAACCUGGUCUCUCUGGGUCUUACUGUUUCUAAGCCAGAACUCAUUAGCUGUCUGGAGCAAAGCCAAGAGCCCUGGAGUGUGAAGAGACAUGAGACCGUAGCCAAACCCCCAGCUAUGUCUUGUCAUUACACUGAAGAUUUUUUGCCAGAACAGGACAUGAAAGACUCGUUCCAAAAAGUGAUACUGAGAAGAUACAGAAGCUGUGGCCUUGAGAAUUCACACUUAGGGGAAGGCUGGGAAAAUGCGGGUGAGUAUAAAGAUCACAGAGGAAGUUACAAUGGACUUAACCAGUGUUUGUCAACUCUACGUAGCAAAUUUUUUCUAUAUAAUAAAUGUGUGAAAGUCUUUAGUAAAUCAUCAACUCGAAAUAGACAAAACAUAAGACAUGCUACAGAGAAACUUUUCAAAUGUAUCGAAUGUGGCAAAGUCUUUAAAUCUCACUCAGGCCUUUCUUAUCACAAGAUAAUUCAUACUGAAGAGAAACUCUACAUAUGUGAGGAAUGUGGUAAAACCUUUAAGUGGUUCUCAUACCUUACUAAACAUAAGAGAAUUCACACCGGAGAGAAACCCUACAAAUGUGAAGAAUGUGGCAAAGCUUUUAACUGGUGCUCAAGCCUUACUGAACAUAAGAGAAUCCAUACUGGCGAGAAACCCUACAAAUGUGAAGAAUGCGGAAAAGCCUUUCACUGGUGUUCGCCCCUUAUUAGACAUAAGAAAAUUCAUACUGGAGAAAAACCCUAUACAUGUGAAGAAUGCGGCAGAGCUUUUAACCGGCAUUCACAUCUCACUAAACAUAAGACAGUUCACACUGGAAAGAAACCCUACAAAUGUAAAGAAUGUGGGAAAGCUUUUAACCACUGCUCACUACUUACUAUCCACAACAGAACUCAUACUGGAGAGAAACCCUACAAAUGUGAAGAAUGUGGCAAAGCUUUUAACUCAUCAUCAAUUCUUACUGAACAUAAGGUAAUUCAUAGUGGAGAAAAACCUUACAAAUGUGAAAAAUGUGACAAAGUCUUUAAGAGGUUCUCAUACCUUACUAAACACAAGAGAAUUCACACUGGAGAGAAACCCUUCAAAUGUGAAGAAUGUGGCAAAGCUUUUAACUGGUCCUCAGUCCUUACUGAACACAAGAGAAUUCAUACUGGAGAGAAACCCUACAACUGCGAAGAAUGUGGGAAGGCCUUUAAUCGGUGCUCACACCUUACUAGACAUAAGAAAAUUCAUACUGCAGUGAAACGCUAUAAAUGUGAAGAAUGUGGCAAAACUUUCGAACGAUGCUCACAUCUUAAUGAACAUAAGAGAAUUCAAAGAGGAGAGAAAUCCUGCAAGCAUAAAAAAUGUGGGGAAGCAUUUAAUCACUGCUCACACCUUACUACAUAAGAAUUGUUACUAACGAGAAAUCUACAAGUGUAAAAAAUGUGGCAAAGUCCCUAAAUCUUGCUCAAGCCAUUCAAAUCGGAAGGUAAUUUAUACUGGAGAGAAACACUACAACUGUGAAGAAUGUGGGAAAGUCUUUGACUACAUUGCCUACAUCUUAUUGCACAUGAGAAAAUUCAUGCUGAGAAUCAGAAGAUUUUAAAGAAUGUGGCAAAGCAUUUAAUAACUGCUAUGAGCUUACUCAUAGAGGUUUUGUGCUAGAUAAAAGCAAUAUAAGUGUAGUGAUACACAUUACUUUUGUCUGUGGAAAGACAUCACCAAAUAAAAUCCUUAGCGUGCACAAGGUGUAAUGAUAGUGAUACAUUACAUUUGUACAUGGAAAGACUUCAAACAUAUAAGCCUUAGAGUACACAAGCGUUUUUAUACUGAAGAAAAACCUUACAAAUAUAAAGAGUGGUGCAAUAUGUUUAUUUAUAUUACAGAUUUUGUUGUGCAUAGAGUUUAUGCUGAAGGGGCACCCUCUAACAGUUGUUCAAAUCUUAUUCAAUUUUAGAGACUUUCUAUUGGAAAGAAACCCUACAACUGUAAUGAAUAUGAAAAGAAAUUGUUGAAAAAAUACACCUUAGAAAAUAGUAGUUUAGCCGGGCGCCGUGGCUCAAGCCUGUAAUCCCAGCACUUUGGGAGGCCGAGGCGGGUGGAUCACAAGGUCGAGAGAUCGAGACCAUCCUGGUCAACAUGGUGAAACCCCAUCUCUACUAAAAAUACAAAAAAUUAGCUGGGCAUGGUGGUGCGUGCCUGUAAUCCCAGCUACUCAGGAGGCUGAGGCAGGAGAAUUGCCUGAACCCGGGAGGCGGAGGUUGCGGUGAGCCGAGAUCGCGCCAUUGCACUCCAGCCUGGGUAACAAGAGCGAAACUCCGUCUCAAAAAAAAAAAAAAAAAAAAAAGAAAAUAGUAGUUUAUAUGAAAAUGAAAAUGUUUAACAGAUGCAGCAGAUAGAAAAAAUUAAUCAAAAAAUCAAGUCUAAAUGAACAUCAGAAGAUUCAUAGUAGAAACCACUAAAACACUAACUCAGUAUUAUUUUAAAUCAGAGUAUUGAUUAUAAAGAAUAAUUCAAAGUUAACAUAAUGUAGGCUAAAAAGAAACAGGAGAUUAAUAUUUUGAGACUUGCAAUUAUUUUCAAAGUGUACUGUUUUUGCAUUGAAAGAAUUUUAGAUUUUUACAAAAGCAAAUUUUGAUGUAAUUCAACUCUCAAAUUACUCAUUGCUGUGUCUUUAUUCCUUGUGUCUGUGAAAGCAUGUGGUCAAUUUCUGCUGCUGAGAACUUUGAGAGGUUCUGUAUUAGGAGAACAUCAUUUACAUACUUUUCACUAGGAGAUUGAGGACACUGAAGUGUAAGGUGUGUGAAGAAAAUCCACACAGAGGCUUUUGUGGUUGACUUAGAAAACUGUUGUACGUGAUGCAUGAGAUAGAUGGCUCAGAGUAAUAUUCUUGUGCAUUAUUCAAAUUUUAAUAAAUUGUUUUACCGAUUGUGCAUUAAGAUAACAAAAUAUAGUGGAUUUUGUAAUGCUUUUCUUAUACUGUGUGAACUUAAUUUGUUUUAAUAAAACAAAUUUGUUUUUAAUAUGUUAA